AUGGCAGAACGGCUUGCGUUUGAGAUGUCGGACAUACACUCCGAAGAGCACGAACUCGGAGCCUUCCGACUACUAUUCACCAUCAUUUCCGAACACAUCAUCGCAGACCACGAAGAUUACGGCACAGACCUCACGGCCAUCCUGAACCACCUUGCUCCCGGCGCCCGCAGCGUCAUCGCCAGAGUCCGACACUACGUUCUCGAGCCCGACCGCGGUCUCCAGCAAGCCAAGGCCUUCAAGGACUCCUACAGUCCCACCUUAGCCAUGAUCGGGGUAGCCAGCGCCCAUCAUUGCCCGAAUAGCUCUGAUAGCCCUGUCGCUCCCUGA